UGAAUUUCCACAUGUUACAUUGGCCACCUCUGCUCCGGGAAAGUAGGUUAGCAGAGUCCUGGAGCCGAGCCGGGCCGGGUCGGGCCGAGCUCUGGGAGGGAAGAGGUGGGGGACGCCGGAGAGACAGUCCCGGAGACCGAAGCGAGCCCGAGAGCCAGCCGUGCGCCCCGGCCCAGCUCUCUGCCCAGCAGCGCGUCCCUAAGAGUCCAUUCUCCAGAAGGGGCGGUAAGCGGGCAGCCGGCAGCAUGAGAGCUCAGAUUGAAGUGAUCCCCUGUAAGAUCUGCGGGGACAAGUCUUCGGGGAUCCAUUAUGGUGUCAUCACCUGUGAAGGCUGUAAGGGCUUCUUCCGGCGGAGCCAACAGAACAACGCCAGCUACUCCUGUUCCCGCCAACGAAACUGCCCCAUCGACCGCACCAGCCGGAAUCGCUGCCAGCACUGCCGCCUGCAGAAGUGCCUCGCCCUGGGCAUGUCGCGAGAUGCGGUCAAGUUCGGCCGGAUGUCCAAGAAGCAGCGGGACAGCCUCUACGCGGAAGUGCAGCGCCAUCAGCAGAGCCAGGAGGCGGGCCAGUCCAUGGACGGCGGCGGCCUGCUGCCCAGAGACGGCGCGCACGUGGCCGGCAGCCUUUCGGACCUGGACCACCUCUCGGGCCUGCCAGAGGGGCUGCUCUUUGACAUGCCGCUCAGCCCGGAAGAGACGGAAGCGGGCGCGGCGGCCCCCACCUACUACACCCUGGAUCUGCUGGGCUCCGCCCAGCCCUCCCCGGAGCCCACGUGCCUGGAGACGCUGUAUGAGAUGGGCCUGGACCCCGGGGUCCUGGCGCACAGCGGCACUCCCGGGAUGCCGUCGGAGCGUGAGAUUGAACGAGUGGCCCAGAAUGUCAUCAGGUCCCACUGGGAGACCUGCCAGUACACAACAGAAGAGCUGAAGAGGCUAGCCUGGGCCCAGUACACCCAGGAGGAGCUGUGCAGCCUGCAGGCAAAGCCCUGCGAGGUCCUGUGGCAGCAGUGCUCCCUCCAGAUCUCCCACGCCAUCCAGUUCGUGGUGGAGUUCGCCAAGCAUAUCUGCGGCUUCAUGGAUCUUGAUCAGAAUGACCAGAUCAUCCUCCUCAAAGCAGGUUGCCUGGAAGUGCUGCUGAUCCGGAUGGUUCGGGUCUUCAACCCUUUGAAUAAUACUGUGCUCUUUGACGGCAAAUUUGGAGGGAUGCAGAUGUUUAAGGCUUUGGCCUGUGAUGACUUAAUUGGAGCCAUCUUUGAGCUGGAGAGGGGCCUGUGUCGACUGCAGCUGUCAGACGAGGAAAUUGCUCUGUUCACAGCAGCUGUCCUGUUGUCCCCAGACCGACCCUGGCUUCUUGAAGCGAAGAAGGUCCAGAAUCUCCAGGACCAAGUUUUCCUCGCUUUGCAGCACGAGAUCCAGAAGCAGCCUUCUCCGGAGGACAGGCUGUCCAAGCUGAUCUCCAAGCUGCCCCUGUUGAAGGCUAUCUGCCGCCUCCACCUGGAUAAGCUGGAGUGUUUCCGCCUCCUGCACCCCGAAACGGCCCGCCUCUUCCCCCCCCUCUACAAGGAGGUCUUCAACACGGAGCUCCAGUACAGCGCCCUCCGGGAAAGCUAGGGCCGCGUGGCCGUCUCCUGGAGGGAGGAGGGCAGGUGGAUGGAGGUUCCCGUCUGCGGGGGCGGGGCCAGAGGUGGUGCCUCAGCUGGAGGAGGGAGAGAUGGGGGAGGGGGGAGGGGGAGACCGCUCGCUCCGGCUGCCUCCAUUUCCCCUCCCGACGGUUCCGAGUAGCCGGGGAGGGAAGCACCCCUUGCUGGAUGUGGGGGUGAGGAGGCCGCCCUCGCGGGGAAUGGCCCGAGGAGGAGAACCUUGUAAAUGAUGGACAAAGCCGUCACCUGCCUAAGUUCUCUGGAGAGUGCGGGACAGGGACCCCUGACUCCCUAGCCCAGGCCUUCCUCCCCAUUUAACAGAUGGACAAAGCGAGGCGCACAGAGGUGUCUUGCCGGGAGCGCCCACCAGCCCGGGAACUUCUCUGUGCGAGCCGUGCUUUGUUGGGCGUUCUCUGAGUGAGAAGAGGCUGACCUAGAUUCACGCGCUGGGAGCUGAGGAGGGAGCCUCACCGUCCUCCCCGCCAGGCUGUCUGGAAUGGCGAAGUGGGCAGCGGCCCACAAGGGAGACAAGAUGGCGCCGCGGCUGGCGGCCGGAGGGGCCGGGCAGGGGGCUCUGCGCUGGGCAGCACGAGCCGGACAUCAUGACCCAUUCCUAGGACUGCAGCUUUAGAGUGGAAGAGACUUUUAGAGAUCAGCGAUUUCAAUCUCCUCAUUUUAUGGAGGAGUAAACUGAGGCCCCAGAGAUUCCGUGUAUGUCACAAAUCUGGGGGUGCGCAUUUGCACCCCAGACCCUUUUCCAAGCCCAGCACUCUUUCUGUUGUGCGGCACCCUUUCUGAACCUUACUUUCUCCCUCAGUAAAAUGGCCGGGACGGGCGGACUGGGUGCCUUACCUGGUGGUGAGGCGGUAAGUGCUUUGUCCGAGUUCAGAGCCCGUGCUCUAUCCAUUUCACCAUCUAACUACCCUGACUAAUUGACUCCUAAAUUCCCUGCCAGCUCCAAGAGCCUAGUUUCUCCUGAUUUCUCUUGUAUGUGCCCUGUGUGUGUGUGUGAAAAAAUGAAUGUUUCUCCAAGACUCAGUUUCUCCUCCACUCAGGGGUCUCUAGGCUCCCAUCGGCUCUGGCUUUCUGUGAUUUGCUGUAGCUCCACGUGGCCAAGGAAGCAGGGAAGGGAAGAGGGUCUUACUCCUGUAGGGAGUUCUUGUGCUUAGGGGGAGGAUUCCGCAUCCAGAGGCCCUUCUUGGGUCCACUGCUGUUUUCUGCCUCUAAAGGGGACUCAAGCUCCAUGGAUGGAUGACUUAAUGGAGAUUUUGAGGAGGAAAAGGGAGGGGAGUGAGUCCCAGAAUCAUACCCCUGCAGAGUUGGGCUGAGGGGCCGGUUUGGUCUCAUAGCCAAGUUCUCAGGUUCUAGAUCAGUUCUAGAUCAAAGCAAGCCUAGAGUAAAAGAAGCUUCUUCCUAGUGCAAAGAAGCCCUGGAAGGGACAGCAUGGCACUGAUUUUAGUGGAACCCUGUGGCCCAUGGGUCAGUCAACAAGACCGGUUCUUUUACAAGUAGACCAGAACUUGGCCAUAAAAAUAAGAGCAAUGUCCUCUUCCCAAGCCUUCCUCUUAUUCCCAUGAAAUUUUGGGACUAGUUUCUGGAACCAGUGCACAAACCACAUAAUAGAAGCCAUUUCCUUACAUAGACUUUGAUGAGAUUGGAAUUGUGGUUCAGCAUUGACUCACUGCAUGGCCUUAAAGCCUUUGCCCUUUUUAAGUUCAGUUUCUGGUUGCUAAGACAAAAUCAAGUUAGUAAUAAUCUGCCCUGCCUAUAUCAAUUUGUAAGAUCACAGAGGAAGAGAUGGAAAAGACCUGAGAAGUAGUAAAUUUAUAGAGAGAAAUACUCAGAGCACUAAUACCUAAUAACAAAGGCCCCUUGUAGGAGAUGGCAUUUGAGCUGGGACUUUAAAAGAAUUAGGGGUUUAUUAGAGACAGCUAUGAGGAAGGUGAACAUUCUAAGCAUGAGAAAUGCAAAUGCAUGGAGGUGGGAGAUCAAAGGAGAUGAUGGUUGUGGAAAUAUCCCAUUAACCCAUACAGCAAAGUGCUGUGCAAGUGUCUAUUAUUCAUAUUACCGACCCCGUUUGUUUGUGGCUCCAGUUGGAAUUCCCCAGUUGGAUUCUCCGUUUUAUUCGCCAGAAGCAGUUCUCAAAAUCCAGAUCCACCCACAAAGGACAAGGCUUUGAUCCAAAGCAUGAAUGUGCCACAGGUUCUGAAGGUCAGGUCUCAGCUGUGACACCAUCAUUGGGUUAUGUCUGGCCCCUCAAUUCAUCACAACUUUGGAGCAUGUGUAAGUUUUUCUCUUUGUAUGUGUAAUAGAAUAUCCAGGCUGGAGAACCUUUAGAAUCCAGAAUAUCAGAACUGGGAGGGUCCUUAGAACAUGGAAUGUCAGAGCUGGGAGAGUCCUUAGAACCCAGGAUGUCAGAGCUGGGAGGGCCCUUAGAACCCAGGAAGUCAAGGCUGGGAGGGCCCUUAGAACCCAGGAUGUCAGGGCUGGGGGGGCCCUUAGAACACAGGAGGUCAAGGCUGGGAGGGCCCUUAGAACCCAGGGUGUCAGAGCUGGGAGGGCCCUUAGAACCCAGGAUGUCAGGGCUGGGGGGGUCCUUAGAUCACAGGAAGUCAGAGCUAGGAGGUCCCUUAAAACCCAAGAUGUUGAAGCUGGGAGUGUUUUUAGAACAGAAAUUAUAUCCUAUAUGAACAAGCAUCCCCAGAUCCCCUUCUCUCCCCAAAAAAUACUUAAGGAGAGGGCAGUCACAUAGUCUGUUUAGUAACUGGAGUCCUGGAUUCUCAUUCAGGCACCUGGGUUCAGAAUCUGCUUCCAUCAUCCCAGUAGUGUGGUACUGAGCAAGUGACUUCAACCCUCUGAGUCUCAGUUAUGUUUUUAAGUCUGUAGUUACAAUUCCAUUACUGUGGGACAGACUCUCAGACUCUUUGAUCCUAAGACCCCUUUACUCUCUUAAAAAUGAUCGAAACCUCUAAAGAGCUUUGUUUUUGUAGGUUACUUACAAAAAUUUAAGUAUUGGAAAUUAAAAUAUACAUUUUAAAAUUUAUUAAUUCAAUUAAAAUAAUAUUAAUAAUCCUA